AUGAAGUAGGUGGUAAGAGGUCUGAACAGGAGUUCUGCAGCCACCUUCUCUGCCCCAGUUCCCUUUGCUUUGGGGUGUAUGGGAGGGGUCCUGGAUUUGUUUAUUGGGGUUUCCUUUCUUUUUUAAAUGCACUGCUGUAUAUUUUGUGUUCUUCCCCAAACGCCACUCCUCCCCAGCCCUCACUGUCUGUCUGAACUGGUGACUUCAGUAUGGUGGGAGCGACUCGGCCUCGAGCCGUCUAUAGCUUGACAGACGUCACCCCUGCCCGGACGAUUUGGGUGUACCGUAAUGGCGACCCCUUCUAUUUGGGAAGGAAGUUUGUGAUCAACCACCGCUAUGUGCCUAACUUCGAAGCCUUCAUGAUACAACUCAACGAAGGCGUGGCCACACCCUUUGGGGUGAGGAAAAUAUACACACCCCGCCAAGGGCAUUCGGUUAUGGACCUGACCGACAUUGAGCAAGGAGGCAGAUACGUGGUUGCCGGCAGGGAAAGGUUUAGGAAACUGAAUUAUUUCAGUAUAGGGGCAAAGAAACCUCAAAGAAAGAAGAGGGAUGAGGUGAUUCGACCCGUGGUCCACAGUAAUAUAAAAGUACCUUCCAAAUGGCAUUCAAACUAUAAUAAGCCACUAAAUAUUAGUGUUUUCACAAACGGAGACAUGUUGAUACCGCCUGUGAAAAUUCUCCUCCCCAAGUUCACGCUGAAAAGUUGGAACGGUGUCCUUGGACUGAUAAAUGAAAAAGUAUCUUCUCGCUCUGGGGGUAUCCACAGACUGUUUACAUUAAAUGGCCAGUCUGUACAUGGGUCUGACGAGCUAGAACAUAACCAUUUUUACGUUGCAUGCGGCAAAGAAAAAUUUCAGCCUUUGCCGUACUGGCAGCAUCCUAGAGUUCCAGAAGAUAUUCGGCGGUAUAAUUCUAACACACCUGGACCUCUAGAAGGGCCCCCUCCGAAAAAGCCUCCUACAGAACGAGCAAAACGGGGAGCCGGCAUGCAGCCUGCCAUACCACCAUCAAAACGAGGAGCAGGAGAUAGGUCUUCAGUUUAUUACGCAGAACCCAAGAAGGCAAGUCGUGGCGCUGAGGCUAAUAAGCACCUGACAUCUGAUGAUGGACGUGGGGUCUAUAAAGCUCGUACACCCCCAGAAGAAAUUAAAGAGGCUCAGCAAAUACAAGAAGAUAAAAAUUUGCAAGUGGAAGUACCUGUUGACCAGGCCCCUGCUGAGGUUGUCCAUGAUGAAGACAUUUAUGCAAACUGGAGUACAGAAGAAGAGGCUGAAGAUUAUUAUCAAGACGUGAAACCUGAGAAAAAGGAAAGAAAGGGUGUUUUCAAAAAAAUGUUUGGAUUCUUCUUCAGAUCAAAGAAGAAAGGUGAGGAGACUUUAUUAGCUGGAAGUGCUGGGUCUGUGGUAGGAACUGACAGCCACACAAGUAGUGUCUAUGGCACCACUCAACCACCCCCUGUAGCUGAAGUGCCACAGAGUCCCUCUACCAGAAUGGACAGCAAAGAAAAUGAGGGAGAUACAGACAGCAUUGGUUCCCCAGAAAUGGAGGGACAAGACGCACCGGCACAACUUGUACCUGAGAGGGAGAUGCAGGAAGAAGACGAACCAUCACACCUUGUACCCAAUGAGAAGACAGGAUAUAGUGAUCAGCCAGAGGACCAAGCGGACUCUGUCAACAUGCCAGAACAACAGCUGAUGCAGAAUGAUGCAACUGGAGAUGUAAAAGUCAUCAGCCAGGAUGAUCAAAAUGAAGAAGCAAACGAAGAUUCGAGAAAAUUAGAUACAAAGAAACCGUAUUACGAUAAGAAAAACGAGGAUUUCGAUGCAUAUGAUUACAGCUGAGGGGGCUAUUUUGAACACCUUGCCUUCUGUUACAAAGGAUUUUAUUGUUGGAGCUCAUGAAACAUCUUGUUUAUCACUGGAGGUACCAUCACUAUCAUUUAAAUAUAUUUAAAGAGUGCCAUCUUUCCAGCACAAAUAGAAAUGUAAACUUUAAUUAUGGGUUAUGUUUUCCUUAUUUGUUGGUGAAUAUAUACUGCUCCCCAUUAAGGUAUGGUGAGAAUGAAGGUCUUAAAAUAUUUAGCAAAACUGCAGCAUGCAGCGAUUUUCACUAUCCAAGUUGUUGACGAUUAAUUCUUUUUAUAAUUUCCUGAUGAAUUAUUUUUUCUGUCUGCCUAAUCAGCUGUCCUGCUGUGAAAUAUAAUUGCACUUGCACGAAAAUUACCAUCUCAUGAGAUGAAUGAGUUUGAUGAUUAAAUUUGGUAGAAUGAAGUAAUAACAUUCAAACACUAAAGUAGAAUGGCAUGCUGAUCCCUUUGCCGCAGUUUGAUGGCAUUUCUAAAAGAACAGAAUAUGUUUUAGGAACAAUUCAGUUUGACACAACUCACAACAGAUCAGAGAAAUUUUAAAGUAAGGCACAAUCUCUUGGAAAACGAAAGAACUUCACCUCUGUUAAAUAAAAAAUACCAGCCUUGACUUGUGGUCAUCCAAAUAUAGCUCACCAAGGGUGUCUUUUUAAAGAAAGCAAAACCAAAAUCUCUCAAGUCUGAUAACAAAACAUAUUUGCUGGUAUAUGCAAUUACUAAACUGCAUCUGAAGUACAGUAGCAGCCUGGCAUUCGUAUCAGUAGGAGACAGACUUCUGUUCAAAUAACGUGAAUUAUCUGUUGCUUUAUCCACAGAGAGCAGAUACAGUUUUCUACCCAUAUUUUCCCGAAUGAUAAGCCCUAGUGUUUUUUCUCCUUGUCAUUUUUUAACGAAGUUCAUUAUUUUUGAACUUGUAGCUCUCUCUCUCCCCCCCCCACAAAUGAAAUGCAAAUAUUUGAUGCAGAGCUAGCCAAAUCCUAGAUGAGAAACAACAGGCUCAAGACUACAGAUGUGAACAGCUUUUGAAACUAUUUAUUUCUCAAGCUUGUCUGUCAAAAUGCCCUUGGUAUCUACAGAAUAAAGCGAGUGGCCACCAUGUUUCAUUAGAUAAUGCCUAGGAGACAGAGCCAGACUCAAUACUUCACACAGUCUAGCUUUUUCUUGCUGAUUAUUCCCCCUGAAAGGAGAAUAUCUAAGAGCAGUGCCAGAAGGAAGGAGGGUGAGCAAGCUAGUAGCUGCCCUUUUUACUUGGAGGGCAUCAUUUUCACAUAAAAAUUGUGACUGAAUUAGGAAUAAGACUGCUGCGGUCCCAAGAUGCUCCUUACUUUUCUAGUUAACUCCAUCAGAAUCGAGUAGACUUCAGGGAAAACGUGUGGGUGGGUGGUUUCCAUACCCAGGAGAUGGGUUACUCAGGAGUGCCUUUUAACAGAUUUGGGUGUAGGACAACCAGAGCCAUUCCUAUGCCGAGAUAGCUUGGCUUCUUUGGGCCCUAGCAUUAGUAACUUCAAGUUUGAAACCAGUUACCAGCGAAAUUUAGACAGGCGCCUAACAGUGUUGUUUAGGUACCUAUGGAACACACUUUUGUUUCAGAAGGCAUUUUUCGUGAGUUGUGGCCCAGUCGUGUUUUGGACGUCUGUAGAAAUGGUCUUGGGACGCGGGUGGUGCUGUGGGUAAAAGCCUCAGCGCCUAGGGCUUGCUGAU